UGGUCAUCUAUUACGACUAAGAGACUGUACUUUUUAACACGAUAAUAAACCAGGAAGAACUGGUUGAUACAAACAAAUCGGUUUCUUCAACUUCUACAAUGGAUCGGAAUUAUAUCUUAUUUUGGAUAAAUUGACCACGGUAAUACCACACAAACUGACAAGGAACAAAACAAAUGCAUUAUUCAACCAAUGGAGACAUCAGAACAUGGUGGAUCAAUCUAUUAGUAACACACAGUAACGCAUCCUAAAUAAUGAUGACUUCGAUCCCUGAAUCAGUGUCGAAUUAUAUCAAAAUAGCACUUUUAGUUCUCAGAAUAUCCCAAAGAGCUGUUCGUGUGAAAUUUGACUUCGAACUUCACCCUAAAUGCUUGCAAAAAACCCUUAACAAACAUGGUGUAAAGCUAAAAGACCUGCUACAAAAGAACAGGAUAAGCCAAGAUCAAUGGGGACUAUUGUUUCCUCCAAAGGAAAAAGGUGAAGCUUCUUCCAAAAAUUUUGACAUAACUUUGAUGAUGUGUUUGAUCAGAAACCUAACGGAAAUACAGAUUGGCAACACACUUCCACAGUUGUCCCUAACAAGUCUUAGCGACGAUUUAACAAGGAUAAAUUUCUACAGAAAUAGAAUUGCGCAUGUUCAAGAUGCAACAAUAAAUGAUACAGAUUUCAGUAAAUAUUGGGAUGAUAUAACACAGGCAAUAAUUCGAAUGGGAGGGGAAGUAUUUAGAGAAGAGUGCGUAAAAUUGGAAGACAAAGAAUUCAACACAGAUGAGAGCGAUGACAGUCUUAGACACAUACAAACGGAACUAAAACUUGCAGCUGUUGAAAACAAACUUGUGGAAGUAACAGAUAGAUUGAGUUACCUGGAGGGUGAACUGAACGAUCCCAUUACAAAGAACAAAAGAGAUCUAAUAACAGUACAGAUCGAGGAAUGGAAAAGUAAAGAUACAAAAUUAUUUGUCAAAACAGAAAGAAGUGAAUAUGUGUUUCAACGAGUGGAGGUAAGCAGUUGUGUUGUUUUGACAGGAGGUCCCGGGGUUGGAAAAACAUCAAUCGCCCGACAUAUAGCUCUCAUGCUCGAGAGAAACGGCUACAGAAUAAUUCCAGUAGUGGCACCAGAAGACAUAAGAACGUUCUAUCAACAUGGUAAAAGGUCAGUUUUUAUAGUAGAUGAUCUGUGUGGUACAUACACUGCCAAACAGGGAGAUGUUGAUAAUUGGCAACAACUGUCACCGGUGAUAAAGACAAUUCUUUCAGACAAAUCUUGUAAAAUUAUUGCUGCAUGUAGAUUGCAAGUCUUUUUAGAUGAAAAAUUUAAACUUCUGUCUCCUUUUAAGAACUGUGAGUGUAAUGUAACGAAAACAAAAUUACGAAAAAGAGAAAAAAAGCAGAUGAUAAAUAGAUAUAAUAUUAGUACACAGGUGUUAAGUAUGGAAUCACAAAAAUGUGAAUUUUUUCCUUUGUUGUGUUCAUUAUAUCGUGAAUCUGAAAGCGUGGAUGCAGUUAAUUUUUUCAAACACCCUUUUGAAAUUUUUCAAACUGAAUUAGAUAGUUUAAGUGCAUCCAAAAUUGAAGGGAAAUAUAGGCUAUGUGGGCUUGCCUUAUGUGUACUUUUCAAUAACAAAAUUGAAGACAAGUGGUUUCAAAGUAAACGUGCAGAUUACGAAGAAACAAUGUUACAAGAUGUAUAUGGAGCUUGUAGAUUAGACAGAGGUACAUCUAAGGAGUUGAUAGGAGAAGAAUUACGAACCCUCGAGGGAACAUAUGUAUGCAAACAAAAUGAAACGUACACCGUAUUACAUGACAUGUUGUUUGACUGUAUAGUCUAUUUCUUCGGUCAGAAAAUGCUUCAAUGUUUAAUUGAGCAUGGCGAUAGCUAUUUAAUACGCGAACGCUUUAUAUGGCAAAAGUCAGCCGAAAACAUUGAUUGUGGUAUAAAAUUCAUUACAGAGAUACCAUAUCACUUAUUAAAUGUAUAUUUGGACAGACUUAUCAAAGACUGGUUUGAAGGUAGAGUAAGUAUUGUGUUUUAUAACAUUAAUUUGAAAGAUAAACUCUUCAGAGAAAAAUUCUUACAGUAUUUAGAACGACUUGAUAAGACCGACCAGGAAAAAUUGGCCAACACAAUGGAUACAAUGUUUCCAAAAGGGGAUAGUUGUUCCGGUAACUAUCCAAUUAUAGACGUUUGCUUUCAAGGCUAUGAUGAUAUACUUCAGUGGCUUCUAAAAAAUGAAGUCAAUGUUAAUCAAAGUAGAGAUGAUGGUGUUACUGCACUCAUUAUGGCAUCAUAUUAUGGUUACUCAGACAUUGUGACCAUGUUAUUAAAGCACGAUCCAGAUGUUAAUCUUUUUAAUGAAAAAAACGUAACUGCAUUAUACAUGGCAUGUCAGAAUAACCACAAUUUUGUCGUAGAGAAACUACUAAAAACUGACAUUGACGUCGAUAUAUGUGAUGGCCAUGGAAUAUCUCCACUAUUCAUUGCAUGUCGUAAAGGUUGUACAGCUAUUGUAAAAUUAUUAUUACAGAAAAGCCCAAACGUUGAUCAAAUUAGCAAAAGUGGAUACAAUCCCCUGCACAUUGCAUGCCUUUUUCGUCACACUGAUGUUGUUACCCUAUUAUUGAUGGCAAAGAAUGUAAAUAUUGAUGCUAAUGCACGUGAUGCAAAUGGCUAUACGCCUCUUGUCAUUGCUUGUUUUCAAAAUUUCCCGGAAAUCUCAUCUCUGUUAAUAAGCGCUAAAGCAGACGUUAAUAUCCAAGCUUUUAAUGGUGCUAGUGCAUUGUGUUUUGCAAUAGGACAUGGUCAUCUUCAUACAACUAGGUUACUGCUUGAAAAUAACGCCUCUUUGCAAACAGGUUUUAAAAAUAGGCAACAAAUAAUGGAUGCACUGCCAAAAAAUCCACAAAGAACAUUAAAUGAUGUACAGGAGGAAAUUCAAACUUUUUUUGUCAAGAACGCUUCACCAAAAGUAAAGGAGUAUGUCAGUAAUAUGUCAGGAGACUACUGCUUAGAUGCUAUGAUAGAUUCGUCGCCAUUACAUAUCGCGUGUUUAAUGGGUCACAGAAACAUUGCAGAGUGUCUUUUGAAUUUACAUGCCUAUGUCGACUUCACUAAAGAAGAUGGAACAACUCCGUUAUUUUUUGCCUGUGAAUUAGGACAUUCAGAUAUUGUGCGUUUAUUGUUAGAUAAGGGGGCAGAUGUCAACAUCCGACGACUGGAUGGGAAAUCGUCAUCGAACAUUGCAGAAUAUAAUGGGCAUCAGUCUAUAGUGGCGAUGUUGAGAGAACACGGGGCAGAUUGUCAUGUUUUUUGCCAAAAAGAUUAACACCGCAUUCAAGUCAUGAACGUCAUGGAUGAUUGUCUUUUUUAUACCUUAAUUUUUUUUUUAAAAUCUUUUACGAACUAAAUUGUUGAGAGCACAACUGCGAUAGAUUUUGUUUAUUCAUCAAUAUGUCCCUAUUCAACGUUUAGACACAUAACCCGAAGAUUGUUAUUAUGUGUAGAUAUGGGAAUUGUCAAUAAUGGGUAGUAAAACAUAUUGUGUAUUAUAAUUAUGAUACAUGAUUCUGGUAAAGUUGAUAACAUAUUAGAAAAAAACCGUUGUAAUUCUGGUCAUUCUCUGGAUGGUUGUUUUCAGACAAACGUUGGUGUUUUAUCUUUUUCUUGGUAACCAUACAUGACUGCGUAUUGUGACAAGCAGAUGACAGUUUUACUGUAAGACGAGUGUGAUCUGGUUGAUCAUAUUUCAUUAUUCUUAUCAUCCUUUGGCCAGUUAUAUUAAAAUAGAAUUUAAUUAUUCACGCGUGUGUUGAUGUGUGUGUGUGUGUUUGUGUGUGUUAAUUUGAUUUUAACUAAAAUGGAACUAGUAAAAAGGUAAAUGUUAUAUGGAACUUUUAAGAAUAUCAAAAUCUAAAUAUUAUUCAAUGAAUUAGAAAUUGACAUGUCAAUGUAUUGAUGCUGUAAAACCUAUAAUAAAUCAAAUUACCAUUUCUUGGUUAUUUUAUGUUGAACAGAUUAUAUUUGUAUAUCUCAAUGUCCUCUAGUUUGAUUUUAUCGAUAAUACUGAUCAUGCAUUAUAUCCAAAUUUUGAAUAAAUUAUUUAAUUAGUACACAAACAUUUUGUAUUACGUUCUAACAUUCCAAUAUGAACUUUAGUUGUCUAGUCACUAUUUUAUCGUUGAUUCACUCCAUGUAACUUUUAUGAAGAAGAAAUUUAUGACACGCUUACCCUGUCGAUACAUACUGUUUUGCAAUGUUUGGAUUUCGUGCGCAGGUUCAUUUUUAAUCUUGAUUUGACAAGGUCAUGUUUUUCUUUGACUGUUUAUGACGUCUUUACACUAAAUCCAUAGGAUGUUGGAUGUGUACUAAUUGAUAAUUUAGUCUUAGAUGCGCGUACUCUCAGAUCUGUACUUGGUGUCUUUAUGUUGUUGGGAUGUACAAGUACCCGUCCACGUCUUCUUUGUGUUUUUGUUAGUUGCAUUUCUAUUUGUAUCCAUCGGAUGUUUUAAGCCUUUUUCAACUGAUUUUUAUAAUUUGUUCUUAUGUUGUACUGUUACACCACUUUUCCUGGUUAGUGGAGGGUUGGCGCCUGAAAACUAGUUUAAUCCCGCCAAAUUCUAUAUGUGCCUUUCCCAAGUCAAGAGCCUGUAAUUGAGUGGUUAUGUCUAAUCAUGCUUAAAUGUAUUAUGCUGAUAGGUAUCAGGUUAGCGCUAUGUGUUAUUAAGAUCUAAGUAUAUGUAUACGAAAACUGUUAAUUUGGAAUAUCAUUAGUUUAAAUCUAAGUACUUUUGUCAAUAUUUUGUAUUGUAAUCUUAAUCUAUGACACUGGUAUAUUUUAUAACAUAUUAAAGAUUAAUCUAUCAUAAUAACUUUUGCUAUCAUCUUAAUGUCAUUUUCAUACACACGUUGGUGUUUUAGACUUUUCUUGCUAUCCUGACAUGUCUGCGUAUUUAUACAAAUGUACAUACCCUUAUCCUUAUUUGGCACAAUGUUGCGAACAUUUCGGUUUUAAAUGCAUUUUAACUUUGUAUUUGAUUUGAUAUUCCAACAAUGUUAAAUCGAAAGUCACUGAUGGGUCUUAUAUAGAGGAAACGCGCGUGUGCACAAUCCUAUGCCUGGUAUCUUUGAUGAGUUUUCAAAUCCAAGACGACGUCAGUUUUAUUCUUCAAAUUGAUAUUUGAUUUGACCUUAAAACUGUCAAGCGCAACUGAUGAAUGAUAUGUAAACUGAAAAACGCGUCGAUCUGACGAACCGAAUAAUAAGCCUGGUAUUUUGAUGAUUUUUUAUUUAUAAAUAUUGCAAAUUGUUUCGUUCUUUUAUCUGUGAAUAUUCAUUUGAUAAAAAACAUCAAAUUAAAAAAUGUUCAUGAUUAUAAAUUGGCUAUAAAAGUUCUUUGAUGCUGUAAAAAAGGGUAGUUCAAUUGCACAUCAGGAUUAUGAAAAGCGGUGAGGGUGAAAUUCAUGUAUCAAAAUGUCCCCUUGUUUGUUCGAAAUGAAUAAACUGAUCGUAACAUAAAUACAAAUAUAGUUAGUACAAAAGUAUUUCAGAUAUCGCCCCAUCAUAUUAUGAGUUCGAGUUUUCUAUAUAAAAAUAAGGAGAUGUUGUAUGAUUGCCAAUAAGACAAAUAUUCAUUAGAGGACAAAUUGUACUUUUUAAUGUAUAUACAUCAAUUUCUCAAAUUGUUCGUUUAUAAAUUUAGAAACUAUCAAGACAAUAAGGUUUCAAUUCGUUUAGGAAAAGUUGACCUUAGAUUAAUUUUUACUUUUAGUUCCUUUUUAGUCAUAUAUAUCUUCAACUGUUUCGAUUCUUAUACAUCAUUUGCUUUCACAUAUCCGACUUUGAUCUUUCCUGAUUGAAGGAAAAUCCAGGAAAGCGCUUCGGGGGCAUGAAAUUAAUAAAGUGUUAUUUUCAUUGUUUUGUGUAUGGUUUGAAUUUUAAAGGUAAUGAAUAUCUGUCAAUAUAGUCCAUGAAAUAAUGUAGUAGUCUUUACUGUUCGCUUGUAAUAGAAUGUUCUAUAUUACUCUUCGAAAUGUUUGCGUCUUAUUAACUAACAAAAGACAAAAGAGAGGCGAAAGAUACCAAAGGGACAUUCAAACUCAUAAGUCGAAAAUAAACUGACAACGCCAUGACUAAAAAGGAAAAAGACAAACAGACAAACAAUUGUACACAAAAGACAACAUAGAAAACUAAAGACUGAGCAACACGAACCCCACCAAA